ACAGUGCACCGCUCUUUCUCGCGAGAUUUCAACUAGCAAGGAAGUCAUGCUGUCAUUGUGAAAUCCGGUUUUGAGAACACAGCGAUUAUAAAAUGCUCUGGAAAGAAGAGACACACUUCCUUUCGCACAGAAUGACUCGAUGAAUGUCUAAGCCAACAAACGUUUGUUUAAGUGAUUUUUAAAGAUCUACAAAUAGAUAGAGCAUCAUAUGGCACCAACUUAGGCUGUUGUCCCGUUGUUGGAAAUGUGUGUCAUCCCCAUAACUCAUAUGGAGUCUUCAGUCAUUCAUCUCCAAAGAUCUCUCAGUUCGUCUACACCGGUGUUUCUUUAUUUAUGCUUUAUUUAAAUACGUCAGAUCAACAUUUUACCGCUAUGUAUAACUCGUGCAGGACAUCAGAAACAAGUACUGAUGAACACAAAAUCAAUGGAUGCUGUGACGUGAACUCUAGCCGGACAAGUAAAAAAAAAGACCCGACUGAGUCGGUCCCGAGAAGAACUGCCAAAAAACUUAUCCUUCACUUUGAUCUCAACAACACAGUUCUUGUAUCUGAUGCAGUCACAAGACAAGGAACAACUGCUGCUCUUGAAUACUUCCUCUCCACUGUUACCUGGGGGCGCAUGACAAAAGGUAAAUGGGAGUGGCUAUCUGAUUCACCAUCUCUCCUCCAGCCUUGUGAGGGCGCUGUAACAUACUACACUCAGUUUGGUCGAGUGGCGAAUUUCACCACCGUUGGUCCAGGUCGAAGGUUCUGGAACGUCCUGAAGGAACACCUGGAGCUGCUGCAAUGGCCGUCUGACUUGCCUGAAGACAAGGAGCUGUGUGUUAAAGGAGAAGAUGGGAAGCUGUACCAUUGGAUCCUACCGUCCUUCUUCCAGAUGCUUCAAGACUUGAGCUCACAGCGUGUGGAGUUAUCCAUCAUAUUCCGUACCUUUGGCACAGAUCUGCCCCGUGUUCUGACUGCUGUCCAACGGGCUGUUGAACAUGGUUCACAUCCGCUCUUUCCUGACCUCCCAUCUCUAAAGUUGAAGGUGAAUCUAAUUGCUGGACAGAUCAGGUGCAGCAGUAAAGGUGCAGUUCUGACUUGUGGUGAGGGGUGUAUAUCCUCACGGGAUGGAGAGAGAUGUCUGUAUCAGUAUAUGAGCUCUGUUGAGGGUCUGCGUGGCUUCCAAGAUCAAUUUGACUGGUGGGCAAGGAACAAUUACUCCAUUUUGGGAGGUAAACCUAUCUGGAUUGACCCUUUUGAUUCCAAGGUUCAGCAUAUCUUCAUUGACGACAACAUCCGGCAAAACGAUGAGUACACUAUCGUCCAUCCUAAGGUGUUUUUGGACCCAGAGGGAUUGCAGACCCGAACAGCCUCCACAUCAGAGCUGUAUGAUCUGUGUCUGGUACAGAAUGAUCUGCUGAAGGCCAUUUCUGACCCAAGCUAUUUCACCAAACGCAUACAGAUGUGCAUGGAGAACUAUGAGGGGAACAUCCAAAAGGGAUAGCUAGAUUCAGUGAAACACAUAUACAUGCGAGUAGAGAAAGAUCUAUUUCAUUAAAGAAAGGUCUUUGAAAUGUAUCAUUACUCAUAAAUGCAAUCCCACAGUAUGUGCUUACACUCUAUGUAGCAAACAAUAUCAUGCUUAGAUCAUGACCAGUACACUUUGUUUAGCUAAUGAAGAAUGUUACAAUCUAUAUAUCUAUAAAUAUAUUUUACUACAUUGAAUUAAUUGCAUUUAUAGUUUUGGGUUAUCCCUGAAGUGCAAUAGAUUAGUUUUACAGGUGUGUGAAAAGGACAGAUUGAAAGUUAAAGGGCAAAAGAGGGAGUCUUCUUUGACCCUGUUUGUGUUGGGGUGUAACUUGAGAUCAUACAACAGCAUAUUCCAUAGUUUAUGUAGAUUAUUUAUUUUAGGCUUGAACAUUGGCAGCUGCUCCAUUUGGGAACAUGCCAGAGGCAGGAAGAUCGUUCGUUUGUGACAUUUGGUUUGUGAACAUCAGGGAUUUUUUUAGUUUUUAUGCAUUUUAUUAAAAUAUAUUCAACAAAAUAAGUUGAAUAUUGAGACACUUUAAUUUUUAGACUUUCUUUGUGAAGGAGAGUUAUUAGUUUCCGCACUUCUGCUGUAUUUUGAAACUCCUUUGAUCAGUUUGGUAAAACGUAACAAUUACAGUUUCAUUUGUUUACAUUAGUUAACAACAUUAGCUAACAUGAACUAACAAUGCAAAAUAUGUUUUUCAGCAUGUAUUAAUCUUGGUUAAUGUUAAUUUCAACAUGUAGUAAUCCAUUUUUAAAAUCAAAAGUUGUAUAUGUUAACAUUAGUUAAUGCACUUUGAACUAACAAUGAACAACUGUAUUUUUAUUAACUAGCAUUAACAAAGAUUAAUAAAUGUUGAAAAUAUAUAUUGUUCAUUGUUUGUUCAUGAUACCUAAUGCAUUAACUAAUGUUAACAAAUACCUUAUUGUAAAGUGUUACUGUCUGCUCUAACUCUGUUUGAAGAGGUGUAGCUGAGACUAACCAAAGCAGGAUUUGUCAAUAUUUUUAAAAUUUUCCAUGUUAAAGCACUUUUACAUGUUACAUCCUCAUUUGUUAUGGAUAAAAUGGACUGCCCUUUUGCCAUUGUUCAUUAUCAUUAUGUCAAAUAGGACUUAAAACAUUGAGACAAGACAAAAAGAUGACUGCUAAUCCAAAUUUUGCCAUGAUUAACAUCAUAUGUUGCAGUUUUACGCUAAAGUGUCUGUCUGAGAUAAUGGUAUCCUAAGAGAAUCUAAAAGCAACUUCUAAUGAUGUUAGUAUAUUCCCCCAACAACUUUAGCUUUUAGACUGUGGAAAAUAAUAGAAUUGAAAGACAGUUUUGUUUCUUUUCUUUUUUGUUUUCAUUAUCUACAUUUUUUUGACUAGUUCACUUUCAAUGAAGUGUUAUGCUACCGAGCUUUGUUACUGCAUUUAUGUGUUUACAGUUACUAUAUAAAGGAUUAUUUAUGAUAUUUGAAAAUCAA